GUGAUACGCUAAUUUGGUUGGAUGAUAUUUUUCUCAUCAGAUGUCGAAUGAGUUCAAAAUCCAAUUCGAAAUUAGUACAAAACUUGAUGAGAUUUGAGUGAGAAAUACUCUGCUGAGAAACAAAACGUAAUCAUGAUCUGUUAUUCUGCGUUGUUCGUGGUUCUGUUGCUCCUCAGUAAUGCAAGUCGGCGCACUCUCGCUAUAGUCCCAAAACCAACAGUUUACAACAAAGCUUCAACAGCCUGCAACCUGAUGCAAACACUCACCUACGAACACAACUACCCAACAUGCUUUAUACUCACAGACGCACUGAGAAGAUUUCGUCUCCAUCUAGCAUCACAGCACCCGCCAAUUCCUCCAGAAAGCAAAGACAAAUGUAUCAUAAACAAAUUGAAAAUUGAAAUCAUGGAUGGAUGUGACGAAAUUGCAGAUAAACUGUGGCCGAGUCAUAUAAUGAACGAAUCAUAUAACGUGAACAUUGAAGAUACAGAAAUUUCGAUAAGUUCGAAAGAGGUUUGGGGUGCACUACGUGCCCUUGAAACUGUACUUCAGAUGGUGUACAAGGAUGAAUUUGGAGGGAAUAUGAUAUUUAAGGGUUCUGUGGAAGAUGAACCAUUAUUCUUACAUCGCGGAAUACUCCUAGAUACUGGAAGUAAUUUCAUCACAGUUGAAACUAUUCGGAAUUUAAUAGAUAUCAUGGCUAUGGUUAAAAUGAAUGUCUUUCAUUGGCAUAUCACAGAUGAUCAAUCAUUUCCCUUUGUCUCAACCACCUAUCCAGAACUGUCCAACAAGGGUGCAUAUCAUCCACAAAGGUGUACAUAUGAUGAAAUAGAAGUGUCUGAUUUAUUGGAAUACGCUCGUCUCCGUGGAGUCCGUGUCAUUCCAGAGUUUGAUACUCCAGCGCAUACAUUGUCAUGGGGAAAAGCAUUUCCAGACUUACUAACAAAAUGUUAUCAAGACUCUAAGCCAACUGGACAAUUGGGUCCAAUGAAUCCAGCCAAUGAUUCUACAUUUGAGUUUUUGAAGAAUCUGUUUACAGAAGUCACCAGCCGAUUUCAUGAUAAUUAUAUUCAUCUUGGAGGAGAUGAUAUAGAUUUUGCCUGUUGGAUUUCGAAUCCAGAAAUAGUUGAAUUCAUGCAAAAAAUGGGAUUCCCUCAUAAUUCUUCCCAGUUAUUAAAUUAUUACGUGUCGAAAGUUGUCGACAUUGUCAAAAGUGUUACUGACCGAAAUCCUUCGAUUACACCUAUUUUAUAUCAAGAUGUUUUAGAAUACGGAUAUCAGGGUGACAAAAACACAGUCAUUCAUGCUUGGCAAAGAUUCAGCUGGAAAGAAUAUGCCAGAAAGGCUACUGGAAAAAAAUUCAACGUCAUAGUUUCUGGUGGUUGGGAUUUAACUCAGCUACAUAACGAAUAUGAUUGGAUUGAAUACUACGAACAUGAUAUCAGAGAAUUUGGAGGCUCAGACGAGCAGGUAUCAUUAGUCAUUGGUGGUGAAGCUACAAUAUGGGGCAGACGCGUGGAUGAGACCAUUAUGAUCACUCUGGCAUGGCCCAGAGGUGCUGCUAUAGCUGAAAGAUUAUGGUCGCGAAACCCUGAUACGAAGGAAGAAUUCUCACAACGAAUCGGUGAACUCCGAUGCAGAAUGCUCUAUAACAACAUAGAAGCUCAUCCAGUCAAUGGUCCAGGUUUCUGCCCAGCUGAAAUUUCGAGAACAUGAACAAACUGGAGAAAGUGAAUGAAGAUUGCUUCUUACCCUUUUGUGCAUCAGAGUUUUAUUGAUUUCUAUUUUAUUAAAAUGAA